CCCGUCGACACGACAAAAAUGGCGUCUCGUCCUACCGUCUCCAUCGCCACGGCUGAGGGUAAGCCCAGCGGGGCUACCGCUACCCUGCCGGCUGUUUUCAAUGCGCCUAUCCGCCCGGAUAUUGUCCAGCAGGUGCACACCGGCAUGGCCAAGAACAAGAGACAGCCCUAUGCUGUGAGCGAGAAGGCUGGUGAACAGACCUCUGCUGAGUCUUGGGGUACCGGUCGCGCUGUCGCUCGUAUCCCUCGUGUCUCCGGUGGUGGUACUCACCGUGCCGGUCAGGCUGCCUUCGGUAACCAGUGCCGUUCCGGUCGCAUGUUCGCUCCCACCAAGGUGUGGCGCAAGUGGCACCAGAAGAUCAACGUGAACCAGAGACGCUUUGCUACCGCCUCCGCUCUGGCCGCUUCUUCCGUCCCCGCGCUCCUGUUCGCCCGCGGUCACCGCGUCGCCAACAUCCCCGAGGUCCCCCUGGUCGUUGACUCCAAGACCUUCGAGGGUGCCGCCCUCACCAAGACCAAGGCCGCCAUCGCUCUCCUGCAGGCCCUUGGCGCCGGCGCCGAGCUGGUCAAGGUCAACAAGUCCAAGAAGACCCGCGCCGGUAAGGGUAAGCUGCGUAACCGCCGCCACCGCCAGCGCCGCGGCCCCCUGGUCGUCUACAACCCCGAGACCGACGGCAAGGAGCUCGUCCGCGCCUUCCGCAACAUCCCCGGUGUUGAGACCUGCGACGUCUUCGCCCUGAACCUGCUCCAGCUCGCCCCCGGUGGCCACCUCGGCCGCUUCGUCGUCUGGUCCUCCUCCGCCUUCCAGGCCCUCGACCAGAUCUACGGCACCACCACCACCCCGUCCGCCCUCAAGAAGGACUUCUACCUGCCCUCCAACCUGGUCGCCAACGCCGACAUCAGCCGUCUGAUCAACUCCUCCGAGGUUCAGUCCGUGCUCCGCGCCCCCAAGGGCGAGGCCCGCACCAAGCGCGUCUCCGUCCAGAAGAAGAACCCCCUCCGCAACAAGCAGGUCAUGCUCCGCCUCAACCCCUACGCUGCUGCUUUCUCCAAGGAGAAGCUCGGCCAGAAGCCCUCCGGUGGCUCCCAGGGCGCUGCCUCCAAGGACUUCAUCGCCACUCUGCACCAGAACUAGGGUUUCUCUCCAUCGUGUUGGGUCGGUUAGUGACGAGAUAGGGUUUAUUUAAAAAUGUUUAGCCGAAGCAAAUGAAUAAUUUGCAUACAGCUGUAAUGAU